UCCAUUGAGAGAUUGGUGGAGUCGCUGAAACGUAGCUCAGUAACGUCAUUCGCUACCGCAGGCCACAACAACACGGAGCACAGGAAGGUUUCCUGAAAAAAAGGGGAAAAAAAUCGCUUCCACAUCAACGUGUUUACUUUGGACGGGCAAACAUGUACGAGAAGUCAGGAUUUGAGCAGCUGUAAGAAUUGUUUAGGUUGAUAUCCGGGCUGUAAAGAAGACGUGAAGUAUUUCUGUGGCUUGGUGUUUGUUGGAAGGAAUCUUUAAACUUAAUAAUAAGGCGACAGACAGACAGACAGAUAGAGAGGGUGUUCCAGCUCCCCAGACUGUUCAUCUGGAAGAAAUAUGAUUCAGCGAUGAAAAGUAGGCAUGGCUUUUUUGUCAUUGGCCGAGUGUUCCUGCAAUCCACGUGAUGACUUCCAGAGAAGGCGGCUAAGGAAGCAAGUGCCUCGCUGGGCUGUAAUGACGAGGAGACAAGUGGAGAAGUGACCAGGAAGAGGGAGGAAGAAGAUGGGAGCCAAUGUUUCCAGCUAUCCGCACUCAUGCUCUCCACACUUUGGUGGAAACACACAGACUCAGCAGACAUUCAUUGGAACUUCAUUGUACUCGCAGCAGAGUUACACAUGGGAGCCAAAACUCUACAGCCUGGAGCAUGGUGGACAUGACCGCGUCCCUGAGCGAAAGAAGAGGACCUCUGGUCUGGCCACACUAAAGCGGCGCUUUAUUCGCCGUCGAAGAGCGAGCCGUUCAGCCGAUCAUGCCCGGCACAUGCGAGAAUUGCUCUCGGGUUGGCAUGUUUGUGAUGCCAAUGCCCUAGUAGAGGAGUAUGAGGGCACAGCUGCCCUUAAAGAGCUGAGCCUGGCAUCAAGCCUGGCUCGUCCUGAAGCUGCUACUCUGAGAUCCUGCAUGAUCGCCCUCUUCCAGCACAAACACUGUGCUGAUGUGGACCUGCUCUUUCAGGAUGCCUGCUUCCCUGCCCACCGAGCCAUCCUGGCUGCUCGCUGCCCUUUCUUCAAGAGCUUGCUAUCAUCCACAGGGUCAGCCAAUUCAAGUUACAAUGUACCAGAGGUGCUACUUGAUGUAGGCACAGCGGGAAUGGAUGUCAUGAUGUUCUCUUCCCUGCUAUAUUUCUUGUACACUGGUGAACUGGGAGGCACCAGCAGAGAGGCAGAAACACGGCUGAGGAACGUGGAUGUCCUCAGGCAGCUGAGUGAGGAGUUUGGCAUGCCAAACCCUCUGGAGGAAGACAUGAGAAUGCUGUUUCACUCCAUGUGUUACUAUGACUCUGUACUCAGCUUCUGCUCUGAGCCUGAGAGUGUAGAAGCUUGUGAUGCUGUAGGAGGGAUUAGUGGUGGAGGGAUUGCUGGAGUUGGCAUUGUAAAAAGUGACCAGUCCACAUCCCUAGAGGAGGAAUUGAGAGCCCACAAAGCUGUGCUCUCAGCACGUUCGCCUUUCUUCCGAAACCUUCUACAGCGGCGUGUCCGAACUGGUGAAGAGCUGACGGAAAGAACAUUACAAACGCCUACGCUCAUUGUCCUGGACGAGUCUAUUAUUCCACGGAAGUAUGCCCGCGUAAUCCUUCACUGCAUGUACACAGAUGUUGUAGACCUCUCACUUGUGAUGCGUGGCAGUCCCUCGAUGGGCAGUCUGAGUGAGACGCAGUCCUUGGGGUCGAGUAACACUGCUGGCAGGGGUGCUGUCCCCACACGCACAGAGGAAGCCAUGGAGCUCUACCACAUUGCCCUGUUUCUGGAGUUCGGUAUGCUGGCUCAAGGUUGUGAGGAUAUCAUUGUGGAGAGCAUCUCUCUGGACUCGCUGAUCUCCAUUCUGAAGUGGAGUUCUCAACCGUAUGGCUCGAAAUGGGUCCACAGACAGGCCAUGCAUUUCCUGUGUGAGGAGUUCAGCCAGGUCAUGGCCUCAGAUGUGCUCUGUGAGCUCACCAAGGAUCAACUGCUUAUAGCUAUUCAGUCAGAUUACCUGCAGGCGAGCGAGCAGGACAUUUUGAAGUAUGUGAUUAAGUGGGGCGAGCACCAGCUCAUUAGGAGGAUGGCUGACCGCGAGCCCAAUCUGCUGAGUGGUACCGCUCACAGUGUGAAUAAGCGUGGAGUGAAGAGAAGAGACCUGGACGUAGAAGAACUGAAGGAGAUUUUGUCUCCUCUGCUGCCUUACAUCCGCAUAGAGCAUAUUCUCCCGGCUAACAGUGAUGUCCUCACUGAUACAAUGAAGCGUGGCUUGAUCAGCACUCCUCCAUCAGAUAUGCUACCCACAGCAGAAGGAGGCAAAGCAAAUGCCUGGCUUAGGCAGAAAAACACAGGCAUUUAUGUGCGUCCACGUCUCUUCUCUCCCUAUGUGGAGGAGGCAAAGUCUGUCCUUGAGGAGAUGAUGGUGGAACAGACAGAUCUGGUACGGCUGAGAAUGGUGCGCAUGUCUAAUGUGCCUGACACUCUUUACAUGGUCAAUAAUGCUGUACCCCAGUGCUGUCACAUCAUAAAUCACCAGCAAAUCACUGGAAACCAAACCACUGCCCCAUCUGUCGUGGCCAAUGAGAUACCAGUGCCCAGCUUGGCAGUGGUUAGAAAGAUGAUUUACAGGCUACAGGAGCUCAGGCACACAGAUCAGGUCCAGAGAGCCUAUGCUCUGAACUGUGGGGAGGGAGCUACAGUGAGCUAUGAGCUUCAGCUCCGUGUUCUCAGAGAGUUUGGCUUACCGGAUGGAGCUGCAGAGUUGUUGCAGAACCCACAUAAGUUCUUUCCAGAGGAGCGGUUUGGAGAUGAGAGUCCUCUCCUUAGUCUGAGAGCAGUCAGCCGUUGCAGAGUGAAUAGCUCCCCUGCUAUGGACACCAUGUUUACAGAAUUGGAGAGCCUUGGGAGUAUUAACCCUCCUCUCCCUCCUCCUCCGCCCCCGUAUCAUGCCAUGUCGGCUCAGGCACAGCACAGAGUAGUAUGGGGUUCAAGGUUGGCAUUGCCACCCCCUUCUCGUUCCUUCUCUUACCCCUGUAACCACACGCUACUCCAGCAGAGAGGCUCCUCCAUGCCCAAAUCCACAAACCAGUCACACCGAGCUCCUGACUACAACUUGGUUCAGAGCAUGGGGAAAACACUUAAUACAGAGUCAUGUGAGAGACUGGAACCUCUAAUCAAUGAAUAUAUGCCAGACAUUGCUCUUGGAGUGUCAACUAUGACUCUCUCUGAGCAUGGUAAAGCUCAGGACACCACUCUACAUUCUCUUCCCAACAUGGUCUCUACUAUCCCCCACUACCCACCAGGACCUUGCCCCAGCGGACGAUAUUCUCUCACUCAACUGUCCCACAAGAGACAUGUCCCCAAACAAAAAGGAGAGCCUCCACCUGAAUAUCCAGACCUUUAUGAUUUGCCCAAUCAAGAGACUCUUGUAUCUAGCCUUCCUUCUCAGGCCACCUACACAGGUCCAGACUUGUAUGGACAGCUCAGAGUUCCAUGCAAUGACACACCCCUCUCAUGUCUCCCUGACACUUUGUCAGUUCACACCAAGGCAAGGGUAGGACAGCCAUCUGACUCCCUUCAUUUGGAUGUUUUGGGUCAAAGGUUAGAUUUGGACCAUACCUCCUCUGGAAUAUCCUUAGUAGGGGGAGCAUUUGCGCCCAGUGGGCGCUCAGUAAAUGACUCGGACCUGACAUGUGGUCUUGGACCUUCAAAAGGAGGUGUUGAGUUAUAUGAGGAGCACAGCUUGGUUGCAGAUGGGACAGGGGACAUUAGGGAGGCCUCUGGAGGAGCUGGACACCACAGAAACACUAGUGAAGAAACAGGAAUAGGUCGGGAUCACAGGUCACCCAAUAAGCCAGAGUACCAGUAUAAGAAAUCUGCACUUUAAUUCAGAUAAUGAAAAGUCAUGGACUUGGACAUAGACUGUUAAAUACUUCGCUCUGUUAAAGUGCUAAGUUUCAAUGUAGUCUUGCAGGUAGCUAUGCAUCACUUCCAUUACAACUUGGAAGAAAGGAAUAUAAAUGGAUCUGUCCUUUCAAAAAGUUGUGAACUCUCAUGAAAAUCCAUUCAUUCUUAAGCAACUCCUGCUAAAUCUUUCUCAUUUGUUUAAAUAGUGAUUCAGAGGGGUCUGUGUCUCUUCAUUUUAAUGAAUUCUCCUUAAUACUAAAAUCCAUUAAUCUGAGCAUGUGACUGAUAUAUUAACUGAUGAAGGUAAACAUCAAUAAAAUAUGCCCCCAUUUAAAAUGGGAAUCAAAUCAGCUCCUAGAUGAAUGUCAGGGAAAAAUAAAAUAACACUGCCAGUUUAAAAAUUUGGACGUAGGAUAAUAUUUUGCAAUUUUAAUGGAAACUUGUUUUUUGCUAAAAUGACAAUUUGAAUUAAUGCUUUUUUUAUUUUUUGAAAAACAUUUAAAAUGAAUUUUGAUUGAUUUGAGAAAUGUCUAAACGUUGGUAUUAUUAUUUACAUUUCUUUUUGAAACAAAUAUCAACCCCUUAGCCAUUAAAAUGUCUUUACAACAAUUAAAAAGUCAAACUUCAAAAAUUAUAUGUCCAAACUUUUGACUUGUGUAUUUAUACUUAUACUAGCAAAGAAAUGCUGUUCGUUUUGGCCAGCAUCCAAUAGAUUAAAAAUAAUAGAAUAGAUCAGUUGUUGGUGCUUUUAUUUCUUUAUUUUUGUAAAUCGUUUUUAAAAAACAGCAUAAAGUGUGUUGGGCCACCACAAGCAACUUGAAAAGCUUCACAUUGGCAUGGCUCCUACAAGAAACUCUUGUCCGUAAAAGGGUGAAUGAACCCAAACCGUUAGUAAAACACAGCCACCCUUUUCUCUUUUAAUGUUUCACCUGACUGUAUGUAAUCUCCAUUAGUUUUGUGAGUAUGAAUGGAACAAAUUUUUAGCUGUAGCCAUUAUUCACCUGAGAGCUGAUUGUGUUUUUCUUGUUUGUGUUUUUUUUUGGCAGAUCUUUUAACAAAAUUUACUGUAUCAAGAGAACUGUCAUACAUUUUAUUUAUCCGUAGCAUUAUUUAAUUGCACACUAACUUAGAAUGACCCCUCUUAGUACAAGAAAAUUGCAAAAACCAGUACUACUGGUUUUUAUUGGCUAAACUUUUCUAUUGUAAGCAUAACGUCAUGCCUCAUAAAAUCCAAAUUUUCAUUUUGCCACAGGUAAAAGGUUAUGUGGAUAUUGGAAAGUGUUUUCUUAACCAUUUCAUUUUGACAGUCAUAAUAUCUCACUAAAAGUCUCUCACAGAGUCAAAUCAUCACCCAGGCAUUACAGGUUAACCUAAAGAUAAAUGUGCUACUAAAGCAACAAAUGACGACACAAUGGGUUGAGAAGGAGAAAUGGAUUUGAUAUUAUAUCUGACACGUUUAACAGUAUCUUGCACCUUUACUGGUAAAGUGAUUAUUUUUUAAUGCCAUUUCACACCCUUUAGACAAGAUUCUUAUAGUAGCUACAAUCAAUCAAGACUGUUCAAUAUUUACAUUAGCACCAGCCUCGAGAAUGAAUAAUCUUUGUACUGUAGAAAACAUGAACAUGCUCGGGAUCAUCUCCUCUUCCUCACAUCCAGUGGCCUUAGCUGUGGAUUUUGAGCUCAGAAACCAAGAAACAGAUGUAAGCCAUUUUCCAUGGAUUUAUUUUGCAGAGUCUUUUGGUCCAUCUUUACUGAGCUCAUGGUUGGUGAAUAACGCACAUUCGUAGAGGCAUGUUUUUGCUACCCUCAACAUCAUUCACUCCAUUUUGCCAUAUUUACAGUGCCACCUAGUGAUACAGAAGCAAGCCAGAAAAUGUUGUACCUUUUUUUUUCUCACUGGUCUGACAGCUAAUGAAAGGUCUUCUCACAAGAAAGCUUGAAUUUCUCAUUCACAUAAAAUGUAAUUGAGUAAUAAUAAUUCACCAGUUUAGUAUUUAAUACAUCAUAUAUUCAUUAUUGAACUGCAUGUUGAUUACUGAUUAUACAUGUAUGCAAUGUGGUGAUUUUGUAUGUUUUCUAUGCUUGAUCCAAAGUGAUGCUCCAUAAUCCACGUUUUAUAUACGGUUGUUUCAAUGAUUUAUAAAUGACCACACUCCUUAUUUGGCUACACAAGUCAUCAGAUUUAAAGAGUAAAUGUGUGACUAGGAUACAGUGUGAAGUCACCAUAUUUUUUAUCGGUACUGUGAAAAAAAAAAACCCUUUAACACAGUAACAUGCUGCUAAUGCACUCUGUUCUGUUUUGCUGCUCAUCAAUGAUGUACCUUAGUAGAAGAACAAGAGUUUGCAUUUGUAUCCAUUUCACAAUCUGUUUGCAGUUGUUGGAGAAAUGUUUUCACAUUGUCCUAAUUGAGAUCAGGGGCUUUGUAUGGUUCCUUACUGCAUCUAUUUAAUACUGCAGAUGACCUGAGAGCGUGCCUUGCGUUUGCAGAGGGCCAAAAAUUUUAUUAAAUUAGUGAUUUUGGCCUAUGCAAGCCUUCUUAGGAGCCUCUGUAUCCAUCUGCCAGUUUCUAAAUGGCCUGUACUGUAUCUUUGGGGAAGAAAAUAGUAUUUUUAAACUCUUAGAUACCUUUUACUUGGACUUGUGUUGUGGUUUGAUAUGGUUGUUUCUGAUAUGUUGAUUGUACUUAAACUUUAAUAUAAUUGCAUUUCUUGUAAUGACUUUUCACCAGUUAUAUUUUUCUACUGUUACCUCAGAGAGGUUAAAUAACAGUGACCAGCUUUGCAGCUUGAAAGCAUCCUUAGAAUAAACUUGCUUUAAAAAUA